AUGGAGUCGGAGCAUGAGAAAAAGAACACGGAAAAAACUGAAGAAUAUUUAGACACCAUCCUCCAAAAUGAAGCCGAAGGGGCGGCUGAUGAAGAGGAACAAGAAGGAGAGGAGGAACAGGAAGGAGAAGAUGAACGAGAUGGAGAAGAGGCCCCGCAAUUCGCUGAAGCUCGGCAACUGGCUGCAGCCGGCCAAGAAAAAACCGCACUUAGAAUGACAAGGAGAACGAAACACCUCUUAAGUGCCCUACAAGUGGGUGACAACGCGACGCUGAAAGUUCCCGACUUUGAUCGUGGGCCGAGUGACAGCUGGAACCUCAUGGUUGUGGUACUGCUGAGAGACGAGGACCUGUACCAGGUAGGCUGCAGAGAAGGACGCAUAACCACCCGGUGCACGGCAGCUGACAUAGACCCCGUUAAGGAGAAGCUCCUCACCCCAGAUGAGGUUCCUGACGUUGAAAUGGCUUUGAGAACCGCUGUAACCAGGUACACAGGAGGCCAAGGUUGCUUCAGCAAAGGCUUUGUUAAGGAUAUAGAGGAUCAGUUAUGUGGCUGGAAAAAGGAAAGUUACCGGGAGACGAUGCGGUUACAAUAA